AUGGUUUUCAUCCAGGACAUAAUUGAUUCGUAUUGCAUGAAACUGGUUAUUGAUUUCAAGUCACCCAAGAUGAAUAACUUUCGCAGCUUAUUUAACUAUGACGUCAAUAUUUGCGAAAUUUUGGGCGUGAAAGGAAAUCCAGGGCUAAAUCUAUUGUCAACUUGGAUGCAAAAUACUUACAAGCAUAACACUAUGCCAAGUUCAUGUUCAAUUCGGCAGGGCUCCUAUGGCUUGCAAGAUUUCAAAGUGGAUAAAAACAGCAUUCCAGCUUUUGCCAUGAAUGGCAUGUAUCGCAUAAAAGUUGGUAAUUUCAUAAAAGGCUCUACUGACAAUAUCAAUCUGUUAAAUUUAACUUUAAUUGUUGAAGUAAAAACGAAAUGA